AUGAUGGCAGCCAGUGGCACAGUAAAAGCAAAUCAUGUUAGCCCGUCUUCGGUACCAUUUGGCUUUUUCGGCUUGCGGGACUUGUGGGAAAAAGUCGCCGAUUUCUCUUGCCAAAAAAUCCUCCGAAAGGUUGCUUCUCUUCCUAGACUCACGUCCCUUUCUAUGUCUGUUUCCUCCUUUCUUGGAGAGCCUGUCCGAACAUCGAUGUCGGAAGGAAACCCGACCAUGGACUCCAACGCGCUCUCGAGUCCAACGGCGAAGCGAGUCAAACUGGACCGCGGAUCGCCAGAUGCCGUGCCACCCCGUCAAGAUGCGGAAACGCGAAUGACCGAAACUCGCGCAGGGAUCACUGGCUACAUGGACCCAGACCUGCCUGGAUUCCAGGGCAUCAUCAAGCAACGCUUCACAGACUUCAUGGUCAACGAAAUCGAUCCUUCCGGGAAUGUUUGUCGACUCACUUCGCUCGAUCCUCCACCCGGACAGCUGCUAUCACAGUUGCGACCGGAUGCUUCGAAAUCCACAGAUGAAGAAGAGGCAGCGGAAAAACAUGCAACAGAAGAAGCUCAAGCUCAAGCUCCAACAGAUGACACAGCUUGGCCUUCAGAAGCAGAAGAGAAGCUGAAAGACUUCUUUUCGGCGGAAUCGAUAGAUGGGAUCAAGGAAAUGUGGUCCCAGGGAAAGCAGGGUACGAGUAUGGCUACCGGAGCCAACGCGACAAUCGUCUCGGCAGCGAGCAUCGUCACAAGACCGCUGGAGGACAAGGAGCAGCGCACAAAGGUGCACAAGUUGAUUCGCGAGCUGUUCGGCGGGAAGCUUGCAACAGAUUCGUGUCAAAUUCGACCGCGUGGUGCCAGGGCAGCAGAGGAGGACGAGGAUGCCCGCGCCAAUGGAGCUGGCAGUAGCAGCAACGGUAGCGCUGCAUCGACCCUGAUCGCUGUGAGGUGGGCGAAUCGAUCUGAUAGGAGGGCAGGCGAAGGAUUGUCGGAAGAGGCGACGAACUCGCCGCCGUACAUCCAUUUUCUGCUGCACAAGACGAACCGCGACCAUCAAGAGGCCAUGGGCAUGCUGGCUGAGAGCAUGAGGCUAGGCGGUGGAGGCGGCAGAGGUCGUGGAAGAGGUCGAGGAGGAUUUGCAGGAAGAGCAGGAGGCAGACCACCUACCAAGGAUCUCGCAGUGGCAGGUACAAAGGACAAGCGUGCCGUGACAGUUCAGAGAGUGUCGCUCAAACGCAACCGCAAGACGCUCGAGGACAUCUAUCGCCUGGUCAAUGGCAUCAACGCCGAUGUGUCUGCGUCCAAAGGCAAGGGCAAAGGUCGAGGCAGGACCGUCCUCGACGCAACAACAGCUCGUGCCGACCGAGGCAUUCGUAUCGGACACCUUCAGUACGCCCAGCAACCCCUCAAGCUCGGUCAGCUCAAAGGCAACGAGUUCACCAUCACCCUUCGCAACGUUCGACCAUCCUCUCCCAACCCUGUCGACGAGUCGUUCCCCGCCUCGAUUCGCAGCUCCAUGGACGUCCUCCGCGACCGUGGCUUCAUCAACUACUUUGGCAUGCAACGCUUCGGCACCGGCGCCAUCCCCACCCAUCACAUUGGCAUCCUCAUCCUGCGCAACGAUUUCAAAUCCGCCAUAGAUCUGCUUUUCCAACCCCGUGCGCCUUCCGGUCCAGACGCGGACGACGGCGAUUCGUUCGAUCUGCUCAAAGCGAAGCAGCUGUACAAGGAUGGCGAGCUGGACAAAGCAUACUAUGCCAUCCCGAAGAAUUGCGUGGCGGAGAAGCACAUUUUGGACAAGAUGCGGGGGUCGAGGUGGACGAAGGGAGAUUGGACGGGUGCGUUUGGCAAUGUGCCGAGGACGUUGCGGUUGAUGUAUGUGCAUGCGUAUCAGUCGUACGUGUGGAACCGGCUGGUGUCGGAAAGGAUAGCCAAGUUUGGUAGCAGCGAGGCGGUGGAGGGUGACAUUGUAUUCGCUGACAGGACCAACGAGGACGAAUGGCAAACAGAUGGUGUCGCCGACGAGACCGACGCCGAUGGUGCGGAGAACGAUGGUGACGACGACGACGAUGACGACCUCCGCAACAACUCCAAAACCAAGUCCCUGUCCACCUGGCAGCGUCCCAUCAAAAUCCUCUCUCAAUCAGACAUCCGAUCCCACCAACACUCGAUCUACGACGUCAUCAUCCCCCUGCCCGGUUCAUCCAUCGACCUCCCCUCCGGCUGGAUGUCGGACCUCUACACCACCAUCCUAGCCAACGACUCUCUCACACACACGCAACUCACCUCCUCCAAAAUUUCCGACUACCAACUCAAAGGCUCCUACCGAUCCAUGCUCGUCAAACCGCGAAACUUCUCCUACACCAUCACCACCUACACCGACCCCGACAUCCCCCUCACCCAAACCGACGAAGAACGCUGCCUCAAUCCCACACUCCCCUCUUCCACUCCCACCCAGCAAGAUCCCACCACUUCGUCCAAAUUCACCGCCCUCACACUCAACUUUCAACUCCCCUCGUCAUCGUACGCCACCAUGCUCAUGCGUGAAGCCCUCAAAUCCGACACGUCCAGCUUCAAACAUCGCCAGAUGACGCAAAAGAGCGAAGAUCAACACUUCAAAGGCUCAAACCACGCAUAA